AUGACGUAGGGCUGCGCCUGUCACCCCCGGGGCUUGUUGCGAGGAGGAGCGGGCGCCAUGGCGGUUCUGCUGGAGACCACUUUAGGCGACGUCGUCAUCGACCUGUACACAGAAGAGCGGCCGCGCGCUUGCUUGAAUUUCCUGAAGUUGUGCAAAAUAAAAUAUUAUAAUUAUUGCCUUAUUCACAAUGUCCAGAGGGAUUUUAUCAUACAGACUGGUGAUCCUACAGGGACUGGACGUGGAGGAGAAUCAGUUUUUGGUCAACUGUAUGGUGAUCAAGCAAGCUUUUUCGAGGCUGAAAAAGUGCCAAGAAUUAAGCACAAGAAGAAAGGCACUGUGUCCAUGGUGAACAAUGGCAGUGAUCAGCAUGGAUCUCAGUUUCUUAUUACAACAGGAGAGAAUCUGGAUUACCUUGAUGGCGUUCAUACAGUGUUUGGUGAGGUGACAGAAGGCAUGGACAUAAUUAAGAAAAUUAAUGAGACUUUUGUUGAUAAGGACUUUGUACCAUAUCAAGAUAUCAGGAUAAAUCAUACAGUGAUUUUAGAUGAUCCAUUUGAUGAUCCUCCUGAUUUAUUAAUUCCUGAUCGAUCACCAGAACCUACAAGGGAACAACUAGAUAGUGGUCGAAUUGGAGCAGAUGAAGAAAUUGAUGAUUUCAAAGGGAGAUCAGCUGAAGAAGUAGAAGAAAUAAAGGCUGAAAAAGAGGCCAAAACUCAAGCUAUUCUACUAGAAAUGGUGGGAGACCUACCUGAUGCAGAUAUUAAACCUCCAGAAAAUGUGCUGUUUGUUUGUAAAUUGAAUCCAGUGACCACAGAUGAAGAUCUGGAGAUAAUAUUCUCAAGAUUUGGGCCAAUAAGAAGUUGUGAAGUUAUCCGAGAUUGGAAGACUGGAGAAUCCCUUUGUUAUGCUUUUAUUGAAUUUGAAAAAGAAGAAGAUUGUGAGAAAGCAUUCUUCAAAAUGGACAAUGUGCUUAUAGAUGACAGAAGAAUACAUGUGGACUUUAGCCAGUCUGUUGCUAAGGUUAAAUGGAAAGGAAAAGGUGGGAAAUACACCAAGAGUGAUUUCAAGGAGUAUGAAAAAGAACAGGAUAAACCAUCUAAUUUGGUUCUGAAAGAUAAAGUAAAGCCCAAACAGGAUGCCAAAUACGAACUUGUACUAGAUGAGCAGGCAGAAGACUCAAAGGCAAGUCACUCACACACAAGUAAAAAACACAAGAAGAAGACCCGCCACUGCUCUGAAGAAAAAGAAGAUGAGGACUACAUGCCAAUCAAAAAUACCAAUCAGGAUAUCUACAGGGAAAUGGGCUUUGGUCACUAUGAAGAAGAAGAAAGUUGUUGGGAGAAGCAAAAGAGUGAAAAGAGGGACCGACCUCAGAACCGAAGUCGUAGCCGAUCUCGAGAAAGGGAUGGCCACUAUAGUAACAGUCACAAAUCCAAAUACCAGGCAGAUCCCUAUGAAAGAGAAAGGAGUAAAAAGAGAGACCGAAGCAGGAGUCCCAGGAAAUCCAAAGAUAAAGAAAAAUCCAAGUACAGAUGAAAGUCGAAGAAUCAGACAUGAGUGCUAACGUAUUUGCUCUUGUAUAACUUGGAGUACCAGAUGUUCAGAUUUUGUGUCAGAGCAGUUAAAGACUCUGCUGGUUAUUUUUUU